CAUUUGUCAAAUAAAUCUUUAUGCUCUUUGGAUAAAUGUGUCAUUUUCAAACUACUGAUAAAUAAAGUGUAGGUGUGGUAUAAGAGAGUUUAUUGCAAUAAUUUGCACAAUGUCGGCUACCUUAAAACCUUAUUUAACUGCCGUACGACACACAUUAACUUCAGCUAUGUGUCUAGAACAUUUUUCAUCGCAAGUUGUUGAAAGGUACAACAAGCCUGAAGUUGAAGUUCGGACAAGCGAAGAGCUGUUAUUAAAUCCAGUGAUAAUAUCACGGAAUGCGAAUGAGAAAGUAUUAAUUGAGUCAUCGAUAAACUCUAUAAGAGUCAGCAUUAUGAUCAAGCAAGCAGAUGAAAUAGAGAAAAUUCUGUGUAAAAAAUUUAUGAGGUUCAUGAUGAUGCGAGCGGAAAAUUUUAUCGUUCUCCGCCGGAAACCGGUGGAUGGGUAUCAUAUCAGCUUCCUGAUUACAAACUUCCAUACAGAACAAAUGUAUAAACAUAAACUGGUUGACUUUGUCAUAUAUUUUAUGGAAGAGAUUGAUAAAGAGAUUAGUGAAAUGAAGCUUGCUGUUAAUGCUAGAGCUAGAAUUUGUUCAGAAGAAUUUUUAAAGAGAUUUUAAGUGUAUCCAAAGCUUAGCUAUUGUGAAAGUGACUAUACUGUAUUGUUCCAAUAAUACUUAAACAUGACAUGUACUGUAUUUCUUUUAAAUGUAAUCAGUGUAUUUCCAAUAUGAAGUUAUGUUUGGAUUAAAAAAAAUAAACCUGUAUUAUUUUCUAGUACUACUUAAUAAUAAAAUAAAUUUGAUUAAUUUAAAAAUCAUGUUCAUCAUUUACACAUAGUUAUAUUAGGUAAUCAUUAUAUUGCCAAAUAAUUUAUAUACAUUUCCAAUAAAAAAUAACAUAUGAUAGUUGUGCUUAGAUAUAUUUCAAAAUGUUAUUGUAAGCAUUUAAUUAUUUUAUAGCUGUAAUAAAUUUUUCU